AGCGGUUCUGGUUAGGGCCCUGGUUUCUGCAGCUCCAGGUGGGCCAGCUCUCUACUCUAGCACCCGCCGUCUACUGGCACCCCCCAAGGGUGCCUGGUGGCCACUGUCAAUUCCCCCAUGUGGACCGCCCUUCCAGACGCAGGGUCCUGUAAAAGCCACUGAACUUGGUAUCCACCGAGGCUCUUCUGGUUGGCCUCAGGUGCACCCCCUUAGUUACCUUUUGUGACGGGAGUGCCCUUGGGAAGUCAGCGUCUAAAGGACCUACCAGUGAGUCCCAGGAGCGUGCUAUGUCUAGACCCAGAGGAGGAAACCAAGAUGGCUGGCAGUCCCCUGGUCAUGCAGCCUGGGCAGCCAGGCCACUGCGCCCUGGUAAUUGAAGCCAGGCAGGCUGGAGAGAGCCCUGCCUGAUCUACUAUCUACUCACCCGCCUAAAAUACAGGGGAGAGAAGCCCGAACCUGGCUCCGCAGCUUCCAUCUGCUUCCCUGAGGCUACAGGGAAAUGGCCCUGGGGAGUAGGCAGAAGCCAGAAGGUGAAGUGCUUUGCCAGACUCAUACCAGAACCAGGAUUCAAAGUUCCGGAGACGAUGCUUUUCCUCAGACUCACGGACUAAACAAAGCCGAGGAUGACUUCUCGGGAUCAGCUGGUGCAGCAAGUGCUGCGGGAUCUGCAGGAGGCAGUGGAGUCCGAGGGCCUGCAAAGUCUCACCAGUGCCGCCGUGGAGGCCAAGCAGGUCCUGUCUUCCUUCACCCUCCCCGUCUGCCAGAAGGGUGGCCCUGGGCCCCAGGUGCUGGAGGUGGACUCGGUGGCCCUGAGUCUGUACCCAGAGGAUGCCCCUCAGAACAUGCUGCCCCUGGUGUGCCAGGGCGAGGGUAGUCUGCUGUUUGAAGCAGCCAGCAUGCUGCUGUGGGGGCACACCGGCCUCAGCUUGGAGCUGCGGGCCCGCACUGUGGUGGAGAUGCUGCUGCACAGGCACUAUUAUCUCCAGGGCAUGAUCGACUCCAAGGUGAUGCUGCAGGCUGUGCGCUACUCCCUGUGCUCCGAGGAGUCCCCCGAGAUGACCAACCUGUCUUCCGCCACGCUGGAGGCCAUCUUUGAUGCAGAUGUCAAGGCUACGUGCUUCCCUACCAGCUUCUCCAACGUGUGGCACUUGUACGCCCUGGCCUCCAUCCUUCAGCGCAAUAUCUACUCCAUCUACCCCAUGCGCAAUGUCAAGAUCCGACCCUAUUUUAACCGCGUUAUCAGGCCUCGCCGCUGCACCCAUGCGACCUCCAUGUUGCACAUCAUGUGGGCUGGCCAGCCCCUCACUAACCACCUCUUCCGCCACCAGUAUUUUGCCCCGGUGGUUGGGUUGGAAGAGGUGGAGGCUGAUGGUACUGCCACCCUGAACCCCACUCCUCCAGUCCUGGGUUCUCUGCGACCACCCGCCGAGACCCUGGAGCUGCUCAACCGGGAACCUGGCCUCAGCUACUCCCACCUCUGUGACCGCUCCGGCAUCACCAAGAGCACCUUCUACCGCUGGCGGCGGCAGACCCUGGAGCACCGGCAGAAGGUGGCCGCCCGCUUCUCGGCCAAGCACUUCCUGCAGGACAGCUUCUACCGUGGGGGCCUUGUGCCCCUGCAACAGUUCCUGCAGAGAUUCCCGGAGAUCUCCCGUUCUACCUACUAUGCCUGGAAGCAUGAGCUGCUGGGCUCUGGUGCCGAUUCAGCCUCGGUCCCGGCUGCUCCAGCCGGGGAGGCACUGGCUGGGCCAGAGCUGGAGAGCCUGCCAGGGAAGAAGGCUGCCGAGGGACCGGGGCGCUCGUCCCUGGUGGCGGCCGUGUCAAGCCCUAGCGUGCUCUUCAUGCAGCGCGCCAAGUCGUACCUGGAACAUUGCAUCUCUCUGAACAAACUGGUACCCUAUCGCUGCUUCAAAUGCAGGUUCCCUGGCAUCUCGAGGUCCACCUACUACAACUGGAGGCGGAAGGCCCUCAGGAGGAGCCCCAGUUUCAAGCUGGCCCCGGCCCUUGCAACCGCCGAGUCUCUACCCCCAACGGAUGUUGGGGACGGGGCCCUGCUCUCUUUGAAGGAUGAGGUGGGAGAAGAGGGGACAGGGAAAGCAGGAGGUGGAGGCCCUCCUGUUUCCCAGGGGCUCGGUUCUACAAGGAUGCCCCUGUCUCGCUGGCAGAGGCGACUACGCAGGGCUGCCCGCAAGCAGGUGCUGAGUGGGCACCUGCCUUUCUGUCGCUUCCGCCUCCGCUACCCUAGCCUGUCACCCUCCACUUUUUGGGUAUGGAAAAGUCUUUCCCGGGGAUGGCCCAGGGUACAGGCCUCCUCUUUGGGCCAAAGGAGGAAGGGGCCAGAUGAAGGGCAGGAGCCAAAUGAAUGGCCGGAGAUGGAAGGGGUUGAGAAUGUAUCAAAUGAAUGGCCGGAGAUGGAAGCGGUUGAGAAGGUAACGUCUGCGGUGGUUCCUCAGGUGGAGACACUGCCAGGGGUUGCUGCUUCAGAAAACACUCCAGAAGAUGCCCAGGGAGGGCCUUCUCGAGAACGGGUCAUCCAGGAGACACCUAUGACCCAGGGCCAACCCCACAGUGGAUUCCUGUCGAGCCAGGCUGUGGCAGCCUCAGCAGGUGGCAGGGAUGGCCAGGUGCUGGUGAUGGACAUGCUCACCACCACAAGGUUCAAGGCCCAAGCCAAGCUGUUCCUACAGAAGCGCUUCCAAUCCAAGACUUUCCCCUCCUACAAGGAGUUCCAAGCGCUCUUCCCCCUCACCGCCCGCUCCACCUACUACAUGUGGAAGCGGGCGCUCUUUGAAGGCCUCACGCUGGUUGAUGGCUGAUGAAGGGGAGACCUGAGUUGUCCCCUGACUUGGCCAGGAUGCCCUUGACCCUCGACUUCCAUAAUUUCCCAGCUUGGGAUGGAAAUAUGGAAGUCAGCCACCUCUUCUAACGAAAGCUACAGGAUUGCCGAUGGACUCUUCUGGUGUUGGCUCGCCAUAUAUUUUUAUUGUGUUUAGUAUUUUUUUUUUUCCAUUAAAGUGGGUUGGCAAGACCCCCUUGCCAGUGGAUGUCAUGAUUGUGCCCAAGCCUUCUGCAGCUUUCCCUGGGCCCACAAAGAGUAUUACAGCAUGGCCAUGUAUCUUCUGUCAGGCAGAAUAUAGCUUUACUUUUUUUAGGGUGAUGUCCUUUUUUCUCAAAGAUGUCUUCUAAAGAAACAAGAAAAUUGAGUGUGAGGCAGGUGUGUGGCUUUGUCUCCUGCCCCCAGGGGAGAAGGUGCCAGACUCUUCAUCAUCAUGGGGAAGGCCCCUAGGCACUGGAGACCCUGGAGAGGAAGGCCUGCUCCCUCUGCUGGGGGAGGGGUCUCUGCCAGUCCUUGCCAGCCUGGCUGGCUGUUGAGUCGCAUCUUUGGCAAGGAGCCACAAGGUUAUAAAGGCUGACGGGAGACUGAGUUUUCAUCGUCCAACAGCAAAGUUGGACAACCAAAGAAAUAAAGUGAUGCCUUGCUCACACCCUGCCCGAUGUCUCUGGGAUUUGUUUGGCUAAGACGUGACUGCCUGUUCCCAGGCUCCCUUUCGGCUGAAGGGGGCUUGGGACACCAUUUCUGUCUUCUGAUAGUACGUGCUUGAGACCAAGGCUUACUGGUAGGACUCUGGUAGGAAUUGGAUCUAAAGCGACAGUUUAGUCUGGCUGGAUAAGACACUUCUUCCUCCACAUAGGAGGUGUGUCGGGCAGGCUGGGCCCAGCCACAGAUGAGGCUUUUGUCUACUGAGCUGAGGAGAGAUUCUCUUAGGUCCUCUCGUAGUUUCCUGUAGCUGCCUGGGUUCCGCCUGUUACUUAACCCCACACCUGACCCUGUUAACUGUGCGGUGCUGGGAGUGGAAUCCAGGGUCUUGCAUACCAGUCAGAUGGUCCAUCACUGAGUCAUCCCCAGACCCGUUUUUACCUAAAUUCCAAGUUCUAUUCAGAAUCUCCCUUUGUUCUGCUGCCCACAACACAGCUGCCUCCUUCCCCUCCCACAUGAUCCCAUCUCCAGAGGGAUUUGGAUGACAUUAGAUCCGUCACUGUCCUGUCUGUGGCCUCCUCUCCUCACGGAAUCCCUUCCUUGAGAAGGGCAGUGUAAAAUGGCCCCUGGCUCACUCUCUCCUCUGCACCAUGCUUGCGAUGGCCCACUGUUCCUGUCACUUUAGCUGUCCCUGAUCCUGAACAUGUGUCCUCUUUUCUGCUCGGGGGGCUUCACAUAUUUCCUUCGGUCUAAAAUGCUCUCCCUCCUCUUCCUCUUCACUCCUUCCUCUCCUCAUUUUCCCUUCAAUCCCUGUCUUUCCCCUUCCUUUUAAAAUGAGUUCGUUUUAAACACUAUGCAACCGUGGCUAUGCAGACCAGGCUGGCUUUGAACGCGACAGAGAUCUGCCUGCCUUUGCCUCCUGAGUGCUGGAUUCAAGUUCUGCAUCACCCAGCUCUUCAUGCCUCGGCAUCGUAUGGGGGGAUUACAGGCAUACACUACCACAGGCCGUUGUAAUGCUUUUCUCGUUAUCUAUGCAGCAGAAGACCUGUGUCCCCGAGUCACUCUAGCCUCACUCUUGAAUUCUCUAGUGGGGCCUCGUUUCUCUUGCGGCUUUCUUGUUUGGUUGCCCGCAUUAGCAUACAGGCUGUAUG